AUGGUGGACGUAGAGCCACAGCAGGAAGAAGCAAGGCCACGACCGGAAGACCAUCUUGUGCUGAGUGACAAUCAAGACGAUAUGGAGGAGAGUGAAAACCGGGUGGCUGCAGAUUUUGUGCCAUCUACGUGGAACAAAUUUUGCCAAAGAUUCCGGAGGAUCAUCUCGCAAAAAAGACAUCGUUUUCAAUUCCAAGGACUCGAUUUGGAUCUUGCCUACAUCACUGAUCGCAUAAUCGCUGUUGGAUAUCCAUCCAGUGGAUGGGAAAAGUGCAUCCGUAAUACCAUGGGACAUACCGUCGAGUUCUUGAAACGGCGCCAUGGAUCAGGAAAAGUGAAGGUGUUCAAUCUGCGUGGAGGCUUCUUAUAUGAUCCGAAGAAGUUUGACGAUAAUGUCAUCUACUUUGACAUGAAGGACCACCACCCUCCAAGUCUUGAGUUGAUGGCUCCAUUCUGUAGAGAAGCUUACGAAUGGCUCGAAGCUGACAAGGAGAACGUGAUAGCUGUCCACUGCAAAGCUGGUAAAGGCCGAACCGGUGUGAUGAUAUGCGCAUUCCUUAUAUACAUCCAGUUCUACAAGAACCCUCGUCAAAUUCUCGACUACUACUCUAUUGUCAGAACCAGCAAUAACAAAGGUGUCACGAUUCCAUCACAACGGCGUUAUAUCUACUACUAUGACUUCAUGCGCAGAAAGCAGUUGAACUAUUUCCCACUGCGUCAGGAGCUCGUUGGAGUGUAUCUUGAGCGUCCGCCAAAAACUCGACCCAGUCAAUCGAAGGUGAAAGUCAAGGUGUCGAAUGGAGCAACAGUUGUGUUCACUUCGAAACCUCUUUUCAUCAAUAAACGAAACUACCGCAAGGAAUUGGCAUCAUGGCGAGACUCUACUGAAUGCAACACUUUCUACGCUGGAGGUCCUCCAUACGUUUCCAAACGUGCUUACACAUUCAUGGUACCGGAGAGUAAUAGAGUGUUCGUCGAAGGAGAUGUGCGUGUGGAUCUUCUCGAUGAUGACAUCCACUUGCCAAUGGCGGACAGAAAGAUCGGCCAUGUCUGGUUCAAUACAAUGUUCGUCUGCAAAGGAAUGUGUGAAGGUGACUUUGUCUAUGGAGACAAAGUCUGGCCAUACGAAAAUGAGGAUACAUCUAUUGGACGGUACAAGAAAAACUUGCCGGAAAGGGACAUAUUAGAAAACAAAACGUACAAAGGGAAUUGGCAGAUUCUGAAGCCUGACAAGUGGGACGAACACUGUCCUGCAGAGUCGGUGGAAAAGAUGUACACGAGCAAGCAGAUGGAGAUACCACGCGACAUGAUCAUCCAGCAUUUGUACAAUGCACAUGAGAAAAAAAUCGUCACUGAUGACCACAACGACCGUACUCUUCCAGCUGGCGGUGACGCCUACUACCCAUUGGGUGUUUUUGAUCCACCUGCUGAAGUCGGAGGUCCAUUCCAGAUCCCUCAUCAACGGAACCAACACGUUCUCACGUUCCCAGUUUACGAAAUGGAUCGAGCACUAAAGAACAAGAAACUGAACAACGGUAUGAAGUUGCACGUAGUUCUACGGUGCAUCGAUUCAAAGGACGAAGCUCAACGCGAACUGGCUAAAGCUUUCUGUGACAAGACUCAUGCUAAUACAGAGCGUCUCGGUGCAAGUGUAGCCAACCAGUUGCACGAACAAUACCGCCCAGUCGCUCGUAGUGCAGAUGCACUUGGAGCAGAGAAGAAAAUGCCUCCAGCUGUUCGGUACUCCAAAGAUGGUGGUUACGAGGGAACACCUUCUGAGAAGCUAACGGAUGAAUAUUACAAGAAUAAGAAAUUCGCUAGUGAUCCAAGAUGGUGUCGCUUCUACUACAGACAACGAAAGGAGUCGCCGAGCAGAUGGCCAAAGCUCAAGCCAAUCUGUCCACUUACUAACAAGAUGUUCAACUUCGAUACAGAUGGAGAAGAAGAUCAAGAUGAUGGUUCAAUCCCACCAAGCCCAGCAAAUGACAAACCUACAUCUUCUACUGGUGAAACUACUUCGUCAGGCGAGGGUGCUCAACGGUCGGAACGUGAUGAGACGACUCCAAAGAAAUCACCUGAGGCGAAACAUGAAGAAAAGCCAGAAGAAAAAGAGAAACCGGAAGGAAAAGCUGAGGGAACUCCAGAAGAAGAUCUGAAAUGGUACCCGGCUCAACAGAUCAUCAUGGACGACUUGAAAUCCUACAAGACAGGAAAGGACGAUGCUCUCGUUAAAAGUCUUAAAGAGAGUAUUGCUGUAUCUGAAGAAGCUCACCGCAAAUUCUACGAUGUGUACCGCAAGCAUGGUGUCAAGGAUGAAGAACUCGAGGGUGUCGCAGUUCCAGACUACUCUGAAUUCGUCGAAUCGAUGGAAGACUCUGAAUUCAUGCACCGUGGAGUAAGAUGUGAAGGCGGUGGGUACACGUUUGCUGAUGCCAAUUCGUCAUCGGCGUUCAACGAUCUGCUGGAUCAUCUUGCCGCUCUCUUCAGUGCCUCAUACGACAUCGAUCGUAAUGAGUUCCAGAGAUUCGACAAGGAACGAAUCUUCAAAAUGAAGGCGAGACGCUUCGAGCUCGAGUACGCAUCGGCUGAUAGAUGUCAACGAGGAUACGAAGAAUGUGUCCAAUUGGACAACGCUAUCAUCGCGUAUCACGAGAGAGAAGAACAGCGUCUGAGAGAAAUUCACAUGCACGAGGGAAGCAAGAUGCUGUGGCUGGCCGCUUGGUUUAAAACAAACCGGCAGCAACACGGUGAGCAUGCAAAAUUCGAUAUGUCUAAAAUGAUUGCUGAACGGUACGAACCAUUAACCUCCCUGACGAUUGGCAAAUGGUACAGACUCUCCGAUGAAAUGGAUGUCGCGAUUAUUUUGUAUAUUACAUAUUUGCUCACCCCAACACCAGGAAACACUCAAACCGGUCCCCCCUAUUUUCAAUCAUUAAAACGAAACAAUACGAGUGCUCAAUAUCGGUUUCAACAAGAAUAA